AUGUGCUUCUUCGCCAUUUUGUGUACGAAGCAUGUCUGUGGUCACGUCGUUGAGCGCGAGGAAGUGCAGGCCAACUGCCACGGAAAGACGUGCAUCUUCAGCACGUCUCACAACGAACGAAGACACGAUUGCCAGCACUCGUGCAUUCAUAGGUAA